GCGUGUGACUCAUACAUCACCUCGGAGGGGAGCGGAAGUGGAAGCGGGUAGUUUGGCGCACAGCACGGGCAAAGGGGGGCGGAAGCGGAUGGUCGGCGCACAGCACCCGCGAGGGGAGCGGAAGCGGGUAGGGUUAGUUGGCGCACAGCACCUGCGAGGGGAGCGGAAGCGAGUAGUUGGCGCACAGCACGUGCUAGGGGAGGGAAGCGGAUAGUAGCGCACAGCACCCGCGAGGGGAGCGGAAGCGGAUAGUUGCGCGCAUACGGUACGUGCGAGGGGAGCGGAAGGGGAUAGCGGCGCGCCCGCCGUUGGUGCGACGGUGGCGGGCCAGCUGUACGUGCAGUACCCCCCCCCCCUCCUUUGCUCUGGCGGCUUCUUCCUUUUCGGCUCUCACUUAAUUACAGAGCAAGUGGCUUCUUGUAGUCCUAGACGCUGUGAGCGCUUACGUGUCGAGCAACAGGCUGCUGCUGUGUUUGCCGACAGACGUCCUUGCUGACUAUUGUCAUGGCAGAAGCGGCGGCGCCAACGGCAGAUGGCGUGCCAAAUUCGAUUGCAGAAACAGGCGCAGAUGCAGUGACAACUGCGGAGAAAUCUGCUGCCCUUGCGAGCAAAGCGGAAGAGCCAUCGGCAGAGGCACCAAAGAACGAUGCCGCUGAGCCUGCAGCAGGAGAAGCUUGUCAGGCUACAGAGAACAAGGAGAUCGCACCUGUUAGCACAGAGGCGGCUGCCGGGGAAGGGAAAACUGAAGGAACUAGCACUUCUGCAGAAAACGCAGACGUCAACGCGGAUGCCUUAGGUGGUGGUGACAAAGCCGUGGCUGUUCAGGACAAUGGGGAUGCUGCUGCCAAGGAUGGUCAGAAAGAAGCGAAGGAAGGAGAUGGCGUCCAGGAUCCCUUGCCAGCUGCAGAAGCCCCGAGCGCUGUGCAACCGAUGGAAAGCGAAGGUGACAAGGAGAGCGGCGGCGAUGAGGUGGAGGUGGUUAAGGAGGUGGUAACGGAGGUUGUAGCGGAGGUUGUGGCGGACGAAGUGAAGGCCGUGGUUCAUGAAGAAGUAAAGGAGGAAGAUGUAAAUAGCAAGGAGGUCGGCGCGGAGGGGGGCGUUCAGAACGAGGAGAUGGAGGAGGCUCCAGAAGAGAAGGAUGAGGGAGAACCGGCGGCGAAGAAGGAGGAGGAGGGAAAGAGAGGCGGUGAAGCUGUGGAGGAUAGUGGAAGUGUAGAGCCUGAGAAGAAGAAGCAGAAGACGGAGGGGGAGGUGAGUAAUGAGGUGAAACUGGGACCGAAGGUCUUUCGAUCUUCCACGGAGAUGUAUGGUUACUUCUUUGACUUUCUCCAUGGAUGGUCUGUUAACCAUGAUGUGAAUAAGUACGAGUUCAUGGUUCUUAGUGACCUGCUGAUGAAAGGUCAUGCGGAGCCUGCGAGGAAGGUUGGCUGCGGGAUCGAGAGCUUUCAGGUCCGAUUUCAUCCGAAAUUUGAUACGAGAUGCUACUACAUAUUGCGAAAAGACAACAGUUUUGAGGACUUCAGCUAUAGGAAGUGUGUCGAUAAGUUGAUGGGCCUGCCUAAGGAGCUGUUGGCGGAGGUGUUGGGGCCAAAGGGAAGGGGCGGAGGGAGGGGUGGUGGAGGAGGAAGAUGGCGAGGCGGAAGGGGGGGAGGAGGCAGAGGAGGGGGGUAUCGUGGUGGUAGACGAGGAGGUAGGAACUGGUAGUAUACCUCAAGUGAGCGACAAGGCACUUGUAUCAUUCCUUAUCCUCUAUGUUUCCUUUCUUUCUCUCUUUGUCCUUUUCCCUUUUUCCUUUUCUCCUUUUCUCCUUUUCUAGUGUAGUGGACGUGUUCCAAGGACACUUGAGUGAUUGGCAGGUUCCCCUUCACUCUUAAGGGUAGCGCAAAGUGUACGAUGAGUGUGUAUGUGUGGAGGGGCAAGGGAUCGUCCCAGCUGUUGGGUCCAUCCUUUGUACCAUUUUUGAGAAGUUUGUGGCAAGUGCUGCCCUCUCCACUGCUUCGUCUGUUUGUAACCGGCUUCUGCGUGAAUGUGCAUGUUUUACCUUCUUGAACGAGGUGUGACUUGUAACUUGUAAAAAUCUGUGACAGUAAAAAUCUGUGACAAUA